UUGUUGCGAAAUGAAUUGACACGUGACCGAAGGUGUAGAUAUAAAUAAGCCUGCAACAUCGCACAACACUACCUUCUUGAAAGAGCGGGAACUAAAAUGAAAGCAAUCGCAGUGGUAGCCGUGCUGCUGGUGGCCUACGCCCAGGCUGACGUCACAGAGCUGACACAAGCCCAGGUGGACGCGCUGUCUGCUGAAGAGACCAACGCCAUCACCCAGGAGCAAUGGAGCACCAUCUUCAACAGGUGGUGCAGUCCUCUCUUCGCCAGCUACGCCAAGUCCCAGUACCUGGCUGACCGCGUCAACUGCCACUACUUCUACGAGUGCGUGGGCUACAAGGCGGUGAGGAUGCAGUGUGCCGCUGAUCUCUUCUGGAAUCCAACGCUGAACACGUGCGACUACAAGUACCGCGCGGGCUGCAGCUGCGGCUGUGGUGGAGCCGGCAACAAGCCCACCUCCGGCCAGCCGGCCAAGACCACGCCCAGUCAGCAGGCCGUGCCCAAUCAGAACCUGCCCAUCCAGCAGGGCGCCGUGCCCAACCAGCACCUGCCCAUCCAGCCGGCCGGCACCAACGACAACGGCGCCAUCGAGAUCCCCAUCGCCAACAACCCCGUCGUCGUCGACCCUUACUGAACAAGCGGUCCCUCGUCACCAGUUCUUCCGGAACCACCCAGUCAUGCACGUGUGUGUUUGGACAAACUUAACAAGAUGAAUAAAAUUGUACUGAAA